AUGCAUGAAGAAGAAAAUCAUGUGAAAGAAGUAAUUCUCAAACCAUAUUAUUUGAUAGACAGGAUUCUGAAAAUGCCAAAUCUUCCAGAUAAAUACUAUUUCGGAUUGAGAUUGGAUGAAAAUGCAAAUUGGUUGGAUUAUAUUUUCGCACUUUUUUGUUUGUCACUUUUCCAUAGAUUUGACAGCCGCAGUUUCUUUGAUGUUGAUUUGUUAAUUAGUUCCUAUUUAUUAUAUUCACAACCAGAUGUUGUCAUUGAUCACUUGGAUGCUUUGAAACUCACAAAAGAAGAGAAAAAUGAUCAUAUCACAUUUAUUUCUUUGAUUAAUCACCAUGCGAAAAGAUUAGGAUAUGGAGAGAUAAUUGAAGUGAAUAAAUGGAGUGAAGAAGAUGCUUAUUUAUGUCUCCAAAGACAGCAAUUUCUUAUGGACGACAAAAUGGUUUCAAUGAUGAAUUUUGUUUUCAAGAAAUUGCAGAAAAGUUAUGAAGAUGUUUCAUUCGAAAUGUUGAAGAUCUUCAUAUUCCCAAGUGAUGAAUUAGUUACAGAGUCAAUUGAUUAUCUCAACAAAUACUUCCAAGAAGAAAAAGAAAAAUCCCACAAAAAUUAUCACAAAUGGAGUUAUUUGUGGCGAAAUUUGGCUGGAGAAUUGGCACCAUGGAAUUGCAAUCCAAACGAAAAGAUCUAUUACAAGAGAGAUCAAACAUCAUGUGUCUCUUUCUGUCCGUUCAAACUCAAGAGAGAUUACAAACACAACCAACACAUCGAUGCUUCUGUUUCUAGAGAUACUGGAUCAAGAGUUUCCGGAGCUGAAAUGGCUGAAAUCGAAAGACAAAAGAGAUUGCAGAUGUAUUCUAAUGAGAUGCCAAUAGAUCUUCUUGUCAUUAAUAAUGUCCAUGAUAAGAAUAACACAAUAGGAAACCAUAACUUGAAAUUCGAAACAUUUGAAGUUUCUUUGAUUUCGCCUAAAAAAGUCAAAGACGGUUUUCUUAAAAUAACCGCUGAUUCUAUCGUCAUGCAAAUAGAGAACAGCUACAAGAUCAUCCUUGGAGAAGAGAUAGAACAUAUUUUCUUCAGGAGAAGGUUCCACAGACCAAAUUCAAUUGAAAUAUUUACAAUUUUUGGCAAAAAUUAUUUCAUUCAUUUUCCAAAACAUAAUUCAUUGUCUAUUAUCUCAAAAAUCCAAUCGACAAUGACCCUCCCUAACAUAAAGACACUUCAGACAAAGGACUUCUACUCAUAUUUCAAGUCUUUGCAAAUGACAGAAUUAUGGCAAAACCAUCUUUUGUCGAAUUUCGAUUAUUUGAUGUCACUUAACAUUUUAAGUGGUCGGACAUUUAAUGAUCUUAGUCAGUAUCCUGUUUUCCCAUGGAUUACCGCUAAUCAUUUAUCUGAAACAGUUCAAAUCAAUGACAAGAACUUUUUCAGAGAUUUUUCGAAACCUAUUGGAGCAUUGACAGAUGAAAGAUUAAAUGAAAUCCUGAAAAGAGUUCCUGAUUUGGCUCUUGUCGGAGAGAAACCAUAUAUGUAUGGAAAUGGCUAUUCGUGCAUGUUGACUGUUUGUUUGUUUAUGUUGAGAACAGAGCCAUUUACAAGUUUGCACAUUGAUCUACAGAGUGGAAGAUUCGACCACGCGAGUAGAAUCUUUUCAUCAAUAGAAACAACAUGGGAAAUGAUUUCAAGUCAUGUUUCUGAUUACAGAGAAUCCAUUCCAGAAUUUUUCUUCUUCCCAGAAUUCCUCAUGAAUUUGAACGAAUUCGAUUUAGGAAAGAACAAAAGAGGACCAAUAAACGACGUCGAACUUCCUAAAUGGUCAAAGAACGCAUACGAAUUUGUUUAUUUGAACAGAAAGAUUUUGGAAUCAGAAUAUGUUUCUCAACACAUAAAUGGAUGGAUUGAUUUGAUCUGGGGAUAUAAUUCACGUGGAGAAAAUGCUGUUAAACACAACAACGUUUUCAAACAGGAAAUGUAUGAUUCCGCGUGGACAGAGAAGACAUUGAACAACUCAAGACAGAGGUCCGAAAUCGAGGCAACUCUUUGCCAUGUCGGACAAAUGUGUCCUCAGUUGUUUUUCCAUCCACAUCCUUUGAGAAACAUGAAAUCGAAAUACAAAAAGUUUGAAAGGAACAUCAAUGUCAAUCUCUCAAACAUGAGCAUUGUUUUAGCACGUAUCAAUGCAGAGAAUGACUUGAUUAAAGUGUCAAUGACAGAAUCAAAAGGAAAAACAUUUAUUUAUUAUUUCGAUUUAGGACAAGAAGUUUUCAACGAAAAAACAGAUGUUACUUUUCUCAAUAAAGAAUUUAAGAACUUCGAAAUACUCAACUACGAUUCGCCUCAGAAGCAAUCGCAGUAUACAACAAUCAACCAUGAAAAGAUUGCUUGUAUUUCGAAUAUUAAUAGAAGACUUUACAUUGUCAAUUUUAAGAACUAUACAAUUGAGAAAUUUGAAGAAAUUUCGAAUGAAGUUCACUCUGUUUGUUCAUUAGUUGAUGAGUUCUCUGUUGCAACAUCAAGUUCUUCUGUUGUUGUGUUCAGGAACUUCAAGAAAGUCUGCACAUGCAUGAGCUACAGAGAAGGAAUUUCAUGUUGUUUUUCAUCAUCAACUUUCCAUAUUUCUGUCAUCGGAACAAGAGAUGGAUUCAUUUUAAUUAACUCUAUUCCUAGUGGCGAAUUGGUUAGAUCUAUCGAUAUGAAGGAAUAUAGACCACAAUCUAUCUUGAUUACUCCUGGUUGGGGAUUCAUUUUAGUUUAUGCAACAAAAAUUGUUGAUUACAAAGUUAAAUAUUCUCUUCAGUUGUUUAACAUCAACGGCGGAUUCCUUCGUGAAAAAGAGUUGGAUUCUGCAAUUGUCUACAUGCAGACAUUCACUUCCAGAGAUGGUUUCGAUUACAUCUUGAUGUCUGAUGACAAAAAUAGAGUUUAUCUAUUUGAAGCUUUCUUUUUGGACAUUUUAGAACCAGUGACAAGAUUUACAUCCCAUAUCUGCGCUCUAAGAUUCUUCAAGGAUUUCGACUGUCUGUGCAUUGUCGGAACAGAUGGGAAAGUUUCAUUUUUAAGUUGUAAGAUACCGAAUGUUCUUUGA